AUGUUAUCGUCCAGAGACUUGGUUCUUCAACUUAUAAAUGACAUACUUGAUCUUUCCAAGGUUGAUUCAAGAGUAAUGAAGUUGGAGGCUACAAAAUUUCGACCGCGAGAGGUAGUAAAGCACGUGCUUCAGACAGCUGUAGCAUCAUUGCAGAAAAUAUUAACCUUGGAAGGACAUGUAACAGAUGAUGUACCUAUCAAGGUUACUGGCAAUGUAUUAAGGAUUAGACAAAUCCUCACAAAUUUAAUCAGCAACGUCAUCAAGUUUACACAUGAAGGCAAAGUUGGGAUAAACCUUCAUGUUAUGCAAGAGCCAAUUUUUUCAAAAAGCUGA